CACACACUGUUCCAGCACUACCGUCCACCACACAACACGGCUUGCAUCGACUAUCAGUCAGACAACUCCUCCAACGUCUCCCUCCCGCAUCUCCCCCAGACUUCCUACCUACCUACCUACCUAUCUACAGCUCCUUCCCCAGACUCUUCUCAUCUACCGAAUUGCAUCUGCUCCUCAACGAGUCCGUCGUGCUACCUCGCCUUGCCACCGAAACCGACAUCUCCGCCGACCUUCCGUCAUCGAUUGCAUCACGAACACAGCACCACCCCCGAUCGAACCUCUCCCUUCCGUCGCCCCGGCCCUUUGGUCUACACCACCUCACCCUUCGAUGGUUGGCCGCAGUUAAAGCCAUUUCAACAUGGCCUUCAACUUCAACUGGUCGCCGCUGACGGCCGACGCCGAGUUCUACCAGCGCGCCCGGGAGAUGCUUACUACCGCCUUGAACAAGUCGCCGAAGCCCCCGAUCAUCGUCGAUGACAUCCUCGUUACCGAGUUCAACUUGGGCUCCGUGCCCCCGGAGCUGGAGAUACUGGAGAUUGGCGACAUCGCCGAAGACCGAUUUCGUGGCAUAUUCAAGAUGUGCUACUCCGGUGACGCCUUCUUGACGCUGAAAACCAGAGUUCAGGCAAAUCCACUAAACACCUACCUGUCUUCCAAGCCGGGGUUUACAUCGCCGCAACCAUUGGCGGCGGCGUCGGGUCUCACCAUUCCGCUGUCAAUAACCCUUUCUGAGAUCAAGCUUUCAGCCUUCAUCAUCCUAGUCUUCUCCAGGCAAAAGGGCCUGACCCUGGUCUUCCGCAAUGACCCGCUCGAGUCGCUCAAGGUCUCCUCGACCUUUGAUUCGAUCCAGUUCGUGCGCGAUUAUCUCCAGCGCACUAUCGAGGCCCAGUUGAGAAAUUUGAUGAUGGAUGAGCUCCCCGCCAUCAUCCACCGCCUGUCUCUGCGCUUGUGGUGCCCCGACGCGCUGCCAAAAGAGGAGGAAGCGCCCGAGGAGGGCACAGAGGAAACCGAGGUCGAUCCCUUGGCGAGCCCCCCCUUGGAUCCCGUCGAUGCCAACGGUAAUCUCCUCGACGCCAACGAAGUCUCGUCGUUGUCGCUUGAAGGGGGCCCCGAGGUUCAGUCACUCUUCUCUCAAAAGAACUUGCUGAGGCUGGCCGCUCUGAACGAUUCUCAUCGAACGUUCUCCCUCUUCACGCCAGGCAUCCGCGAUGUUGUGUUCCGCGCUUGGACCGGACCUGCAGUGUCCGAACCAACCAGCACACCGCCGACGGCAACGCCUAGCUUGUCCAAGACCAACUCCUUCCACGGAACUUCUACCACGUAUACCUUCUCCGAUACUGGCAGUGCUGCUCACGGCCACCUCCCAUCUCGACCUUCGAUGGUGAGCCUCAACUCGGCCACCACCGGAUUGUCUCUGGGUGCCGGCAUGAGGUCGAAGUCAUAUGCUGGACGGAAGAAGAAGACUAGAGUUGUCAACCUUCGCCGGUCCAAAAGCGAGAUUGGCGAGACUCCCGAGGGCAGCGAGACCUACUCCGAGAUGGCAUCCGACUCUGCUUCAGUGGCCGGUCCCUCUACCGAACCCCUCAUGUCCAGCUCUAUUGCCGAGGACCCCGAGGAGGAAGAGGCCCUCGCCAACCUGGCAGAGUCGACCCCUAGCAAGGUCCGAUUCAGCCCCUUGGAGAGGACGCACUUCCCCUCCAGGCCUCCCUUGCAACCGGAAUUCUAUUCCGCGCCCAAGGAUGUCCCUAGCGUGCCCAUCCAACCGGACAACACCCGGGAAACUGAGGUCGCUGUUCAGCCUCAGUCUCAACCCCGUACGACUGAGAAGCUUGGAGCUUUCCCUAGUGGAAAGACCAACGCCGAGAAGCCACGCCAAGGUGUGCCUUCUGAGGCCUCCUCGUCUGUUUAUGAACAGGCUUGGAUCAUGAAGAUGGCCGGUGAGAUUGCCCGUCGUGUCUACGACGAGAAGAGUCGUCACCCGACCCUCUGGGACGAGCGGGAAGACGUCCCGCCUCCGGCCUACGAGGCAUCGACGUAAACUGUCUGCUUUUGUGGGCAGAUGGUUUUGUGUACAAACUAUACGAAACCCACCAACAGAUCCAUUUUUCUGGAUUAUACAUCUCCUUUCCGUCUGUUCCAUCACUUCCUCCUCGCAUGGCGUUACGGGGGGAACCUCAUCAACCUUUGAUUUUGUUGGCGGCAACGAGUUGGUCAUCGAGGCCGAACUCUUGUGUACCCUUUUGCUGUUAGUGUUAAUGUGUAUAUACCGCAUGGCGUUGGAAGGGAAUCCCAAAGGGGGGUUAGGCGGGUGAGGGGUCAUGGGUAUCAUAAAAAGAAUGGGAUCGAAUCGGAGAACCACGGCCUCGUCUCCGAACAUUUUGGAUUCUUCGAGUAGGGAUCGCAAGGAAUGGCAAGCCUCCCAACCAGCUAGUCAUGCGACUGAUGAUUUGGAGGGAAACGGCCUCACCCACAUCCAGGACGGACGGCCGUUUUUACCACUCGCAAAAAGUUAUCAGCGCUAUUUUUUCUCCAAAGGGGCCGCCUGUGAGGCGCGUCCCUUACACCACCAAACCACUUGUUUCCUUUGUCCUUUACUUUUUUUUUUUUUUUUGGACUCGUUCACUGCGAAUCAUCCCCGCCGAAACGAGAUCCUUGACGGUACUUCGGAUGGGUAGAGCUGGUGUGUACAACACAAAGGAAAGGGAGAGAAAGUCAUCAUUGAUUUAUCAUCAGACGUGUUUCUAGAAGAGGAGGAAGACCGGUGAUGGAAGAGGGAACUGUCAAGGAUACCAUCAGUGCGUAUCUUUUCGACUUUUUUUCUUUUCCUUUUUUUGUUUUUGUUGCGCAUUAGGCCUGGCUCAAGACUAGAGUUCCAUGGCCAUAUAACACAUGUCAAUAAGGCAUGUUGGAAGAAUCAAACACUCCCAUCUUC